AUGGCCUCCCAGAAAGCCCAAAAGCUCAUUGACGAGAACCCCGUCAUGGUGUUCUCCAAGUCCUACUGCCCUUACUGCAAGGCCACCAAGAGCCUCCUCAGCUCCCUCGAUGCCGACUUCAAGGUCGUCGAGCUCGACCAAGAGUCCGACGGCAGUGCUGUCCAAGACGCCCUCGAGGAAAUCUCCGGCCAGCGCACCGUCCCCAACGUCUACAUCUCCAAGAAGCACGUCGGCGGCAACUCGGACGUCCAGAACCUCAGCAGUUCCGGCAAGCUUAAGGCCCUACUCACCGAGGCCGGCGCUCUCAAGGCGUAA